GGUCUUCAGAGCGGAAAAGACUUUGGAGCAAAAGUUUGCACAAUGGAGUUUUGCACAUUAACGCUGUUCGCACUGUUUUCCUCGUUUUACAGCGCGUUGGCUCUGGCGCCAAAAGCUGUAUGUCUCCUUCAAAUGGACGAGGGACCUUGCAUGGAGGACAUCGAGCGCUAUUAUUACAACACUAUCACCCAGAAGUGCGAGAUUUUCUACUAUGGAGGCUGCCAGGGAAAUGCCAACAACUUCAAGAGCUUUCAGGAGUGCCAGAAAACCUGCUUCAGAAUCCCAAAGAUUCCCCAAAUCUGCAGGUUCCCCAAAGAGGAGGGGCCGUGCCGUGCCCUCUUCCCUAUGUACUUCUUCAACAUGACCUCAAUGCAAUGUGAGCCUUUCUCUUACGGAGGCUGCAUGGGUAACUCGAACCGCUUCCAAAACCUUGGGUCCUGCAUGGAGUACUGCAGUCCACGAAAAACUGUUCCCGUGCUCUGCCUUGACCCUCUGGACAAGGGGAAGUGUUCAGCCUCCAUCCCACGCUAUUACUACAACACAGCCACCAAGAUGUGCGAGGAGUUCAUCUACUCAGGCUGCGGCGGGACCAGCAACAACUUUGUAUCCAGGCAGAGCUGCAUGGACGUGUGUGUCAAAGCAGCUAAAAAGCACUCCAUCCUAACCAAAGGCCGUCGCAGGAGGCGGAGAAGAAACAAUCACAUCGGUUACUUGCAGGCGUAGACGUCUGACGCGUGAUCUCAGGGAGUUUCACUUCGACAAAACCUUUGUGGACGCUUCUAUCCAAAUAAACUGACUCCAUUUUUGCCGAAUGAGGAGAAUUUUGUCUUUGUUGUUGUUACAGAAAGAGUAUUACUGGCGCAUAACAAACCUUACACUGUAUUAGUAUAUAAUGCUGUAUGAGCAGUUUAAAAUGUGAUUUCACUGUAUGUUCGACAAAGUUUUUACUACUGCACUAAUGUUCCUUGUUGUGUUUUAUAUUGAAUGUAUGUGUAUAAGAAAUAUGUUAGUGAACUUUUUACCCAUUCUGCUGUUUUUUUAAAAAUUUUUAUUCAAGAUGAAGAAUAAAAUUAAAGUAUUAUGCA